AUGUCGAGUCGACCUGGGCUCGGCGAGAAACGCUUUUCGACAAACAAAUUCCACCCUCUACCUGAUGAUCUAAGCAACACACCCGGCAUGGCCAAUCCCAAUGACGCAACGAUUGAUAUCCCUCUGACUGCCGUGCCCAGUCGAGGCACCGGCGCUCGCAAGGCCAACCCCAAUGGCGGAGAUGCCAAUGGUGAAAAGCCCACUGACUACCCCCAACGACCGGGCCCUGGUCGUCGCAAGAAGACCGCCGGCGGUAUGUCGCAGAGCAAUGAGGAGGAGGAGGAUGCUAUCAACCGCAUGGGCCGCAUCUACACUGCCAUUCUCAAUUUUUCCGUCGUCACUCGCUACUUUAUUUAUGUCCUGCCGCUGGCCCUGGUCUUUGCCCUCCCAAUCAUCAUCGGAGCCACCGCGGCGCCUCAUGCCAGUAUUGGCAAUGUCAGGAUUGUCUGGUUUUUCACCUGGAUCGAAGUUGUUUGGCUGAGCUUGUGGGUAUCCAAGCUGUUCGCUCAUGCCUUGCCAUAUGUAUUCCAAACCCUCGUGGGCAUUGUCAGUGCCGGCACUAAGAAAUAUGCUCUCAUUCUCCGCGCUCUCGAGAUCCCCCUCUCUCUGGUCGGCUGGGCGCUGGUUUCUCUGGCUACCUUCAUCCCUAUCAUGACACAGAAUCCAGACAACCGGAGGAGCCAUUCUGGCAUUGAUUCGUGGGAGUCGACCAUCAAGAAAAUCCUCUUUGCUCUCCUCAUCUGUACGCUUAUUCUCUUGGCUGAGAAGACUCUAGUGCAGUUGAUCUCGGUCAGCUACCACCGCAAGCAGUACGACACCAGAAUCAAAGAAUCCAAACACAACAUCGACCUGAUCGGCCAGCUCUACGAAGCCUCGCGGUCCAUGUUCCCCGAAUACUGCAAGGAGUUUGAAGAAGAGGACGCCAUCAUUGCCGACACCAUCCUCGGCUUGGAAAACAAGAAAAAGGGCCACGGCCGCAACAACUCGGUAGCCCCUCUCCGUCUCAUCCGCAACGUUGGCCGCAACGUCGGCCGCAAUGUCGGUCGAGUGGGCGACAAGGUGACUGCUGCCUUUGGCAAUGUUGCUUCUGAGAUUACAGGAAAGCACAUCUUCGACACCGGGUCUGCUCAUUCGGUCGUCACCAAUGCCUUGGAGCGCCAUCGCUCGUCCGAAGCUCUUGCUAAGCGUAUCUGGAUGUCCUUUGUGGUGGAGGGCAAGGAUGCACUGUUUGCCGAGGACAUUGCCGAAGUGUUGGGCGCGAAUCGCGUCAAUGAGGCUGAAGAGUGCUUUGCUGUGCUGGACCGCGAUGGAAACGGCGAUGUUAGCAUGGACGAGAUGAUUCUCACUGUGGCCGAAUUUGGUCGCGUGCGCAAAUCUAUUUCCCGCAGUAUGCACGAUGUCGACCAGGCUAUCCACGUGCUCGACAAUCUGCUGCUCUGUGUUGCUUCGAUUAUCAUGGUUCUUGUGUUUGUUUCCUUUGUGACGACCGGAGCUGCUACUGUCAUUGCGGCCGGAGCUACUUCGUUGCUGUCUCUCUCUUUCGUCUUCUCCGUCACUGCACAAGAAGUUCUCGGUUCCUGUAUCUUUCUCUUCGUCAAGCAUCCUUUUGACGUUGGUGACCGGGUUGAGAUCGUCGGCCAGGACCUGUUCGUCGAGGAGAUCUCGCUGCUGUACACAGCCUUCCGCACUGUAUCUGAGCAACGCAUCACCCAGGUUGCCAAUAUCGUGUUGAAUACAACCUGGAUCGACAACGUGACCCGGUCCAAAGCGAUGCGCGAGCGUAUUUCCUUGUUUGUCGAUUUUGGCACCACCUUUGCCGAUAUUCAACUGCUCAAGCUCGAGAUGGAGAAGUUUGUGCGUGACAAAGAGAACAGCCGUGACUUCCAGCCGGACAUUGAUAUCGAGGUUAUUGACCUGGGCAGCAUGGACAAAUUGGAGCUCCGCGUUGAAAUCCGACACAAGUCUAACUGGUCCAACGAGACUAUUCGUGCUGCUCGCCGAUCCAAGUUUAUGUGUGCUCUCGUACUCGCUAUCCGCAAGGUUCCCAUCAACGGCCCUGGUGGCGGUGGUGCGGCCUUGGGCGAUCCCAAGAACCCGUCAUACUCUGUUUCGAUUACCGACGACCUGGCUAAGCAGUACCGUGACAAGGCGGCUGAGGACAAGGAAGCUGCUCGAUUCAUUCCGACCAGCCAGAUGGCCGAGCUGCAGUCGACUCUGACACAAAGCUCAGGCGUGAAAUCCACUGGUGUUGACCUCGACAACGGCAGCGGUCUUGUCCAGCGCGGCGCCUCAGUUAGAAAAGUAAACGAGGCUGACUUUGUCGGGGCCUUGAACAGCCGUCCGGCUGGCUACGACAUUGCUCGUCCCGACGAGUCUGAUCAGCUGUUCCGUGUGCCCAGCGCCAAUUCUGGGCCCAGCAACCACGAUCAGUUGAACCCUUUUAAUGAAAACGACCACACAUCCCUGCUGCGCGCACCGUCUGGUCGUCGACGAGGAGGCCCCGAGUCGUCUCAGGGUCCUCCUGCGCCGCUGGCUGUUCCAUCCGCUGCUGGACCAGGCGACACGAGCUCUCGGUACGAAAUCCCGAGCUACUACUCUGCCGCAGUUCCGCCGGGCCAGUCUCACAACCCGUAUGAACCACACAAUCCAUACGGACAGUCUUCCUCUGCUGCUGCUGCUGCUGCUACUGUCGCUGCUACCAACCCUUACCAGGCGUCUCCUCCGCAGUACCAGUCCCCUCCACCUCAGGGCAACGCUUUUGCGCAGCAUCAGCAUCAGCAGGCUAGCGUCUCGCCUAUUGAGCCUGAAGAAGAGGAUGAAAUGCACAACCCUCAUCGAUGA